AAAAAAAAGAGAAAAAAUUGGAUAAAAAAAUAUCAAAAAAAAAGGGAGAAAAAGAGGGAGAAAUCGCCUAACCCUAGCGGUGGUGCGCCAUGACGCGUGACGGCGCGCUGCCGGCGAGCGGCGGCGGCGGGGCGGCGGAGGGGCCGAGGCGGUGCUCGCAGUGCGGGCACCACGGGCACAACGCGCGGACGUGCACGGCGAGGGGCCCCGUGAAGCUGUUCGGCGUGCGGAUCGGCGACAAGCCGCCGACCGCGGCCGCGGGCGGAGGAGGAGGGAUGAGGAAGAGCGCCAGUAUGGGGAGCCUCGCGCAGCUGGCGGAGGGGGGCGGCGGCGGCGGCGGGAGGGAGGAGGGGUACGGCUCCGAUGGGAACGACGACAAACGGCGGAAGCGAGGUGAGGCAUGGUCAGAAGAGGAGCACAAAAAGUUUCUACUUGGGCUUAGUAAGUUAGGAAAAGGUGAUUGGCGCGGCAUAUCACGCAAUUAUGUUGGUUCAAGGACGCCUACUCAAGUUGCUAGCCAUGCUCAAAAGUACUUCAUUCGCCAAACAAAUGUGCACAGGAGAAAAAGAAGAUCAAGCCUUUUCGAUAUGGUUAUAGAUGAUUCUGAUGACCAACCACUGUCCCGUACAUCUUCACAAGAAGUAGAAGUAGAAGAGAAUCUAGAAGAUGGACAUCCUGUUACUGCACCAGUGAUCCCACCUGCUCCUGUGCCUAUGCUAUCAUCCUCUUUGGUUCCGCCACCAGUACCAGCAAUGGCACCAGUUGCUCCAGGUCCUGUGUUAACAUCUGCUUCGGCCACACUACCAGUGUCAGCAGUGGCACCCCAAACCGAUGAAAAGGAACAAGUUGCCUCAGGUUCAAAUACAACAGAGACAGGGGCUGCAAUUCCAGAAGUCAUGCCCCCAUAUGGUUAUCCAAUGAUGCUUCCUCCAUACUACCCACCGGCAUUUGUUCCAAUGCCCUACUAUGGUUAUGUGCCUGUUUUCUAUGCACCACCAGGAGCAGUGCAAGCACAACAUGAGGUUGUCAAGCCUGUGGCCGUGCACUCAAAACCUCCAGUGCACAUCGAUGAACUCUACAGCAUGUCCGAACUCAGCCUGAAGGGCGAGGCUGGUGUGAAAAACGGCACUCCUAAUUCUCUGUUGCCUCCAAGACCAAUUGGUAGACCAGACAGGCAAUCUGCUUUUCAUGGAAAAGGACCUUCUGAUGGCUCUUCAAAUGGACUGAUUCCUGCAAAGUGAUUCUGCAGUAAAACAUCCAUUCAUGUGUAUCUAAUGCUUAGAAGAUAGUAAAUCAUAAACCCCAUGCUGCUGAAAUGGUGCUGUUGUACAUGCAAAAUGCUUUUACUGGUCAUUUUAGUUUCAUGUUUGGAGGAAGCCAUGUAUGUCCUGCGAGUAAAUUGACUUUUAGUUUGACAAAAAUGUAGCAUUUCUUUGUCGUUGUUUCUCAGGCUUCCUCAAAUUGAUUUGAAAAUCUGAAGGUUUUUCUACA